UUGACUAUGCCUCUGAAAUUAUGAAGAAUAAAUCAGGCUAUAUUUCAAGAAGUAGAUUCGCAUGAGAGUAUGAAGCAAUCUCAAGAACUCCUGAAGAACCCUUCAAUGCUUAUUACAAAAUGCAAAUAAAAAUAAAAGAGAAAAAACCAAUAAUCAGAAACCCCACCAGCUAAGAACAGCUUCAAGAAUGCAUUGAUCAAAACAGAAGAUUGGUCUCCUGUGAAAGAGUUCACUUAUGCUCCAAUAAAGCCCAAAGAAAUCUUGAUGGGGAGGUCAGACUCAAAGAUUAUGAUUCAAGAUCCUAGUCUAGACAAAAAUCUAGAAAAGUAUUUUCUUUCUGAGCUAUAGCAGUGCUCACAUUAAGUAUGCUUGCACAGGCAGAGGAGAUAGACCUUAUAACCUGAAUUCAGUCAGGAACAUCAAUACAAAGCUGGAUGAGUCAUCAAAGCCAAAAAAUAAAACCGUUAAGGACAACAUCUUCUUUAAUUCAGAGGCAGUUAAAAGCGAUUUUACAAGAAAGACGUUCAGUAAGGAAUUGCAAGUCAUCAAAUGCAUCGAUCAAAAGUUAAAGAAGAAGUUGAAGAUUCAUAAAUGGAAGAUUAAUUUUAAGGACAGACUAAAGAGGGGGUUCUGAUCUAAAUAGAAAACGGUCGAGAUAUGAGAUAAACAAUCUGAAUAAAGCUCUAGUCAAUAAGAUAAAAACAACAAAGGCUGAGAAAACUUUAAAAACAUUCAACAGGAUACACAAUAGUGUAGAUGAAGGAGUAAAACUAAAGAAAUCAAUAUUCGAAGGCGUUUGAAAAGAAUAUAAUAACUAUUUUGCUACUAAUUGGAUCGAAAAGAACAGAAAAAGGUUUGAAGUUAAGAAAGACAAUCGAGUAACCUCUUCCCAAAUCUUUAGACAACUGAUGAGAAAUACAAAGCAAUGCCAAAGCAAAAGGUAACUCCGCCUUAAUUUUAGAUUGUGAAUGGAUAUCGUUCAAUUUUGAAGUCGCUGAAUCUGAAAUCAAGAGGAGGCCCUGAAAAACUAUACAAAAGAAUUAUUGAGGACAACAAUGAAAUUUCUCCAGAAUCUUCUCCAAAAUUUCAGAAAGUAUUUGACCAAGCUUUGCUUAAUCGAGAAAAAUGGAAAUCAACUUUUGGACAUAAAUUGCAUUGGUUUGAUAAAGUUGAGAGGACUCUAAUUAUUAGACCAGA